GAGCUAACGAUGACGGAGGAGCGCAAAAUCACGACCACUCCCGUGAUGGAGUUCUAUCGCGACAAGUGUGUCCUGAUUACCGGUGGUACCGGCUUUAUCGGGCGAUUGCUGAUCGAGAAGUUGCUCAGAAUCAACGUACGACAGAUCAUCCUGCUGUCGAGGCCAAAGAAAGGCAAAACGGUGCAGGAACGAUGUGAUGACCUGUUCGGCAGCGUCGUGUUUAUGAACCUCAAGAAAGACUGCCCGACGUUCGUCGAGCGCGUGAAGCUGGUCGAUGCCGAUCUGCAGCAUCCAUCGCUCGGGUUGUCCGACGAGUCGAUCGAGUACAUCGUCAACAAUGCCCAGAUUGUGUUGCACGCUGCUUCAGAUGUACGUUUCGAUCAGGCCCUGAAAAAGGCGAUCGAGGUAAACGUGCGAGGUACACGCGAUUUGCUCCGGAUUGCGGAGAAGAUCGUCAAUCUGGAGCUGUUCGUGUACAUCUCGACGGCGUACUCCAACUGCCCGCAGUCGGUGAUCAAGGAACAGUUCUACACGCCACCGUCCGAUCCGGAGAAGAUGAUCCAGUUGGUCGAAGCGAUGGAUGAGCGGUUUGAGGAGCACAUGAACAAGACGGUGAACGAAUUUAUCCACCCGUGGCCGAACACCUACGUCUACACCAAGGCGCUGACGGAGGACAUUGUGCGGCAGUACGGCGAACUGUUGCCACUUGCCGUAGUGCGACCAUCGAUUGUGAUUGCCACCAACGAGGAACCCAUCUCGGGUUGGACGGACAACAUCUACGGCUUGAACGGGGUGAUCGCUGGCGUCGCCCUGGGCAUCAUUCGCAUCAUGCACGUGGACGACAAGAACAAGGCGGAUAUCAUCCCGGCGGACAUUGUCGUGAACGCAGUCCUCGCCGCCGGCUGGGAGACCUACGUAGAACGUUUUAUCUAUCAUCACCUUAGGAAACUGGACCGGCCCCUCCCGGUGGCCAAGUCGAACGGGGAGCUCAGGGGAGCGGAGAAGCCCCGGACGAAAAUUUACAACUGUGUCACCGGAAACGACAACCCUAUCUCGUACCAGAAAAUUUACGAGUACUCAAUCGAGGUCGGCAAACACUGUCCACCGAAGAAGUCACUGUGGAUCGUGUGCCACAAUACGACGCAAAACAAGUAUCUCUACGAGUUCUACAAACUGUUGUAUCACCUGCUGCCAGCGUUCCUUAUCGAUACAUAUUUACGAGCCAUUAGACGCACACCAAGAAUUAUGGAUCUUUAUCGAAAGGUACACAAAUUCGCAACGGUCAUCGCAUAUUUUGCCAACGGUAAAUGGGCGUUUGAAAAUGAAAACAUGAAAAAUCUCAGAGAAAGACUGACGCCCGACGAUCAGAUAAUGUUCCCGUGCAACAUUAAGAAGAUCGAGUACCGACUACUUCUGGACGUACAUUCACGGGCUGCGAAAGCACAUUGCCAACGAACCGCUGGAGAACCUGAACGAAGCGAUCAAGCGCCACAAGCAGAUGCGGAUAGUUCACUUCUUUAUCCUGGUCGCGUACUACUCGCUCCUGGCGCUGUUAGCUUUCUAUCUCUGCAAAGCGGUGGGCAUGCUGGUGUUUUAAAGGCCAAGCCGGAUGCGGUGGUACAUUUGCGUCAGACCGUCACUGUCAUCAGCCCGCCUAGCACGCGCAGGAUGAGCCUAGAAGAGUUCCAGAACAACCGGUCACCGGUGGGGGACUUCUACGCGGACCAGACCGUGUUUCUCACUGGUGGUAGUGGGUUUUUGGGCAAGCUGUUUAUCGAAAAGUUGAUCAAGUGCGGUGUACGGGAGAUUCUUUUGCUGCUGCGAUCCAAGAAAGGUGUCAGCCCGAACGAGCGGCUCCAGGCGUUGCUGAAGAAGGAAGUGAUUUUCUUGAACUACGCACAGCAGCCCGAGUUAUACCACUCGAAGCUGCGUGUCGUUGAGGGCGACGUGAGCAAACCGGGCCUUGCGAUCGGCAACGAUGAUUUGGACUACAUUCGCAGAAACGCGAACAUUAUUGUCCAUUCGGCGGCGGACGUGCGGUUCGACGAGUCCUUGAAGGAAGCCGUCGAAACGAACGUGCGCGGUACGGAGCAUCUGCUGAAGAUUGCUGCCAACUGCGAGGCAUUGAAGGUGUUCGUGCACGUGUCGACUGCGUUCUCCCAGUGUGUCUACGGGUCCGUGGAGGAACGGUUCUAUCCGGCCAACGUGGACCCCUUGGAGCUGAUAAAGAUGAUCGAAAAUGAGCCCCAUCAGGACGAUCUGCAGGCGCUCGCGAAAAAGAUCAUCGAGCCGUGGCCGAACACCUACGCCUUCACCAAAUCGUUGGCCGAAGAGGUGGUACGUCGCUACAGGGCAAAGGUCCCCAUUGCAAUCGUGCGUCCAUCGAUCGUGACAACGACUUACACCGACCCGAUUGCUGGGUGGACGGAUAAUUACUACGGGUUCAACGGUGUUGUGACCGGCGCCGGAACGGGAGUGCUACGCAUCUUCCACAUCUAUGACGAGUACAAGGCCAAUAUUAUUCCGGCGGACAUCGUGAUCAAUGGGACGCUGGUGGCGGCUUGCUACGCCGCCAACCAUCCGGACGAGGAGAACGUGUUCAACUGCACGAUGGACGAAAACUACACGACCUGGGGCGAGGUGCGCAACUACUGCCUACCGCAGCAAGGCGUCGUAGCGGUCAAGAAGUCGCUCUGGAUCCCGACCUACAACACGACUCGCUACCACUACGUGGCCGCCUUUCUAGCCAUCUUCUAUCAUCUCAUCCCGGCCAUGAUGUUCGAUCUGGCGCUGCGCGCCCGCGGCCAGAAGCCACAGAUCCUGCGGCUCUACCGGAAGGUGCACCAUUUCGCCGACGUACUGCGGUUCUUCACCAUCAACCAGUUCUUGUUUAGCACCGACCGGAUGCGGCACGUGCUGGACGAGAUGGACAUCGUCGAUCGGUAUCUCUUCCCGUGCGACAUGCGUUCGGUGGUUUGGAGCAAGUUUCUCGUCAACCACAUCCGUGGCUGCCGGGUGUAUCUGCUGGGGGAGCCAUGGGAGACGAACGACGAUGCCCUUCGCAUCUACCGACGGCGCAUCUGGAUACACCGGUGCAUGCUGGGGUUGAUCUACUCCGGGUUUGCUGUCGCGGGGCUGCACAUUCUCGAGGCGGCCGGUGUUCCGGACUUACGGACAUUCCUAGGCUGCACUCAGUUCACGUAA